AUGUUCUCGAAGUUGUCGUCGUCUGAGGAAGCAUAUCGACGGAAGAUUAUGGAGGCGGAGAAGGAGCAGGACAAGAAGGCUCCGAUGUGGGUAAAACGAGAUCAGUCUUUGCGUAAAAGAUAUGGAAACUGGAACCCAACGAGGAAACUAUCGAGACAGCAGGUCCAGGAUAUCCGGGAUCUAAAGCAGCAGAUGCCACUGAUCAAGACGAUCCAGAUUGCCGAUAUCUUUCAGAUCAAUCCUGAAAGUAUACGAAGAAUUCUCAAGUCGAAGUGGACUCCCACAGAGAAAGAACUCAAGGAAAUAGAGGAGAGAGCUGUUAGACGAAAAGCAAAGCGCCAGGAAAAAGCAGCUGCCGAAGCUCAACUGCCUGACGAACCUACUGUUGUUAAGGUGAAGGGAUUGAUAGCUCAGAGGCAGCGCGAACAACGAAAACUCAUCGAACGAAAGCAAAAGCACACCGAAAAACGGAGAGAGAGACGGAAACUGUAUACCACGUCCGUGGGCGACCUUAUAGACUAA